AUGCUUCUCAUUCCUUCAGUCACUCGCAACUCACUUUGUCAAACCAUGGACUGCGUGCAACAGACAACACACUACAUCAGCGGCACUGACGAUGGCCAUUGCCAACUGAGGUUAGUCGACUUUGAGGUUCAUGAAAACCACAUUUCCCAUGAGACUCAGGGUCUGAGCAAAAAACACCUGGUGUUGCGGCGAGGGAAACCGUUCAAGCUGACUCUGCGGUUCCGUGGCCGGUCAUGGAAUCCUCACAGCGAGGCCCUGGUCCUGGAGGUGUGGCUAGGGAGUCUGUCAGAGAGAAUCCCAGUCCAGUUCUCUGACAAGUGGCCCAACCCGCAGCACUGGUCAGCCAAGAUCCACCCAGGCAGCGUGCACUCAGAGUCAGUCACCAUCCACAUCUGCUCCCCUGUUCAAACCUCCGUGGCCCUGUAUAGCCUCCUGUUGCACACAGAGACCAGGCAGACCAUUAGGAGCUUUGCAGUGGGAUCAUUUGUGCUGCUCUGCAACCCCUGGCUGAAAGAUGAUCCAGUGUACAUGCCACACGAGGCCCAACUACAAGAGUACAUCAAGAGCGAUUAUGGCUUGGUGUUCAUGGGCACCAAUCUAAAUGUUUGUCAGCGUCCGUGGUCGUUUGGUCAGUAUGAGCCCGGGGUCCUGGAAGCAUGUCUGAAGCUGCUGGAGGUCAGCCCUCAGCACCUCAGCAACGAAAACAGGGAUAACAUACUGCGAGCAGACCCCGUUUACCUCAGCAGGGUGGUCUGUGCCAUGGUGAACUGUAAUGAUGACCUGGGUAUUCUGCACGGGAAGUGGCAGGGCGGCUACGAAGGUGGUGUUAAUCCUACAGAGUGGAGCGGCAGUGCUGACAUCCUGCGCCGCUGGGUCUCAUCCAACUUUAGCCCCGUGCGCUACGGACAGUGCUGGGUCUUUGCAUCUGUCCUCUGCACAGUAAUGAGAGUGCUGGGGAUUCCCUCCAGGGUGGUGACGGUCUUUAACGCAGGUCAUGACACUAAUGCCAGCAGGACGAUUGAAGAGUUUUACUCGAGCACAGGGGAGAAGCUCAACCUGUCCAAGGACAGUCUCUGGAACUUCCAUGUGUGGGUUGAGUGCUGGAUGAGAAGACCAGAUCUCGGUGCAGGGUUUGAUGGCUGGCAGGUAGUGGACCCCACACCCCAAGAGAAAAGUGCUGGUAUAUUCUGCUGUGGCCCAUGCCCUGUAGCUGCUGUUCAGCAACGCUGCCUCAGUGCCCCAUACGACACCUCGUUCAUCUUUGCCUCUGUUGACGCUGACGUCAUACGGUUAAUUGUACGCAAUGGAGUGGUGGUGGAGAGGAUGGUGGACUCUGAGUUGGUGGGGCAGGUGAUCUACACCAAGAGAAUUGGUUCAGACACCCCAGAGAAUCUGACCCCUGCUUAUAAGAGGAAGAAAAGGGCGCAACCUGGAUUUGGAAGAAUGACAACACAAGGGUCUCUCUGCUUCAUGCAUUCUGCUGUGAUGACGAAGGGACUGGGAGAAGAAGCAGCUUCAUAUACAGGACAAACGUCAUCUGGUUUGGAGGUGUCCCUAAACAUAAUAGGGAAGCCAUCAUUUGGUGAGAGCAUUCGCAUGAGCGUAAAGGUCACUAAUAGCUCGAGCGAACCCAGGGUCCUGGUGGAACAUGUUGACGCUCAGAUUAAAAAGUACAACAGCAGCCCACAGGAGAGCUUCUGGAAAAUGCACAAAGAGGUGCACAUACUCGCGCAUGAAGCUUUGACUCUGCAGCACACCAUCCCUGCGUCUGAGUACGAGUCGGUCCUGGCGACUGACGAAAUUGUGAAUAUUGCAGUGGUGGUAAAGGACGUUCGGACUAAAGAAAGAGUCCUGGAUUCACAGGAAUUCAACAUAAGCUCACCACAGAUAAGUUUUGAGAUCGAAGGAGGGGACAGCAUCCAGAUAAACAAAGAGCACACGGUCCAGGUGUCCUUCACCAACGAGUUUAAAAAAACUCUGACUGGAGCUGUGCUGACAGUGGAGGGAUCUGGCUUGUUGAAAGGAAAACACGAGGCCAGGCUGGCUCAUCUAAAGCAAGGCGAGAAGAUGGAGAAGACUGUCUCCAUCAUGGCCUCUUCACCGGGCACCAAAGUGCUGAUGGCCACGUUCUCGCACAGCAACAGCCCCAACGUCGUGUCCAGGAGCUUCCACAAAGUCUCCAUCAUUGAAGCAUAG